AUUAAACCAUAAUUAAUUAACCAAUCAUGUCUGGUCGUCGUCGUCGUUCGUGGACAAUAUGGGCGCCUCUCCUGGCGUCGCUGCUGCUCGCCGGGCUGGCGCUGUCGGCCAAGGUGGUGGACGAGGAGGCGGAGGCGGACGGCGACGACGGUGGUGGCGCCAGCAAGAAGAAGAAGCCCCACGUUAACCACGGCAAGUUCAAGGCGGACCCGUGGACGGACGGGCACGCGACGUUCUACGGCGGCCGCGACGGGUCCGGCACCACGGACGGCGGCGCGUGCGGCUACAAGGGCGAGCUGGGAAAGGACUACGGCGCGCUCACGGCGGCCGUGGGCCCGUCGCUCUACACCAACGGCGCCGGGUGCGGCGCGUGCUACGAGCUCAAGGGCUCCAAGGGCACCGUGGUCGUGACGGCCACCAACCAGGCCCCGCCGCCGGUCAGCGGGCAGAAGGGCGAGCACUUCGACCUCACCAUGCCGGCGUUCCUCAAGAUCGACGAGGAGAAGGCCGGCAUUGUGCCCAUCACCUAUCGCAAGGUGGCGUGCGCGAGGCAAGGCGGCAUCCGGUACACCAUCACGGGGAACCCGAACUACAACAUGGUGAUGGUGACCAACGUGGGCGGCGCCGGGGACGUGGUGGCGCUGUCGGUGAAGGGCAACAAGCGCGUCAAGUGGACGCCGAUGAAGCGCAGCUGGGGACAGCUCUGGAUCACGGAGGUCAACCUCACCGGCGAGUCGCUGACGUUCCGCGUCAUGACCGGCGACCACCGCAAGGCCACCUCCUGGCACGUCGCGCCCCGCGACUGGAAGUACGACAAAACAUACCAGGCCACCAAGAACUUCUAGGAUCGGAUCAUCUUCCGGCCGGCCUCUUCUUUAUGCAUGCAUAUUUUGUAUUUUUGUAUACUCUCAUUCAAGCUUAACAUAUUGACUGCAUGGUUUGUACUGAAAAACCGAACUGAACCUCCGUCGCUGGAGUCAAUAAACUGUUGACAUGUUUCAAUUUCAACACCAUUGGUUUCAGCCAGAGGUUGAGAUUGACAAAGUCCUCGUAAGCGUCUUGCAUGCGGUCAAUAGAAAUUUCGUCUAUCAUUGAAUGCAAAA